AUGGAGGUUUUUUUGCUCAGAGGUCCAGGUAUAACUAUUGUGGAAGCUACCACUGUAUCACCAGAAGGUGCUCUUACCGUUAAUGAUUUGGGAUUGUUCAAUGAUGAGCAAGCAUUAAAAUUGAAGGAAGUAGUUGACCUCGCUCGUACACAAAAUCAAUACAUUGUGAUUCAACUUGGGCAUGGUGGACGUAAAUCGAAUGUAGUUCCUCCAUGGGUUCAUUUGGAAAAUGCAUCAACUAAGGAAGAAGGUGGAUGGCCUGAUAAAGUUUUUGCUCCAUCUCCAAUUCAAUAUAGAGAUGGUGGAUCACUUGUUGUUCCAAAGGAAUUAUCUGUUGCUGAAAUUGAAAGAAUCAUUGCUGAUAUUGGAUCUGCAGCUAAAAGAGCUGUUGAAAUUUCUGGAUUCGAUGCUAUUGAAAUUCAUGCCGCUCAUGGAUAUUUGAUUAAUCAAUUUCUUUCCGAAAUUUCUAACAAGAGAACUGAUAAAUAUGGUGAAUCCUUUGAGAAUAGAAUUAGAUUUUUACUUGAGGUCAUUGACUCUAUCAAGGCUAACGUUCCUGCUGAUUUCCCAGUCUUUUUAAGAAUUUCUGCUUCGGAAAAUACACCUGACGAUCCAUUGGCUUGGACCAUUGAGGAUUCUAUCAAGUUGGUAGAUGUUGUCGUUGAAAAGGGUAUUGAUCUUAUUGAUGUCUCUUCAGGUGGAAACAAUUACAAUCAAAGCGCUAGAGGGUUUAAGGAAGCACUCCAUGCAAACUUAGCUAGGGCUAUUAAAAACCUGGUAGGUGUCCGUGCUUUGGUUGCUUGA